UAUUCAUCUCAAACUGCACGUGAUUACUAUAGUAUUCCAUGUGAUGAUGAAUGAACUUGUGAGCUAAUCCUCUAAAAAAGUUUAAUGACGUUUCGGUAAUCAGGAUGCGUAAUUAUAAUAAGUUCAAGAAAUAAGGUGAUUCGUCAUGCCAUUUCAUUUAUUUGCUAUUUUCUUGCAAAAAUGAUCUAUCUUUUUUUAUCAGUUUUAAUUCAUAAUUAAUAUCUAUAGUUGUUCUGAUAUUGCUUUGGAGAAUUAAUUACCUGAUUUUUAUUAACACUAUAAAAAAAAAAGACCUAUCUUUUUAAACCGCGUAUGAUUUUCGAGCGCUAAAUUUGCAGGAAACAGGCACCUCAUCAUUUGUUUACAGUAUUUUGUGCAUGUUGACUGAGAUGUGACGUGUAUUGUACUGUGUGCAUUGUAUCGAGGUAAUCUGCGUGCAGAGGAUCAGGAAGACGUAUAGGCUGCAGGAUCAGGCGACACGUACACCGGCGCUACAUACACAUCUGAGCUGUGCUGAGGAAUUGUACAGCACCACCUUUGCUUAGUUUGAGUUUGACGUCCAUCUCUUCUUCUAAAGCCAAAGGAGUGAUAAAAGAAAAACAGUCAAAAUGGAAGGAUCGGCAAAAUGCAUCAAAUAUUUGAUGUUCUUCUUUAACUUCAUAUUUUUCAUCUUCGGUCUUGGUAUCAUAAUCGGAGGAAGUUUGACAUUGACCUUGUACAGUGAGUAUGUAGACUUCACCGGUAAUACAGGAACAGCUAUCCCUAUAGCACUCAUCUGUAUUGGUGUCUUCAUAUUCCUUACUGGAUUCUUUGGAUGUUGCGGAGCAGUCAAGGAGAACUACUGCAUGCUGGCAACGUUUGCAUUCAUCAUGGUUCUUCUCCUGAUCUUGGAACUGGCGGCUGGUAUCUCUGGCUAUGUUAAACGUGAUGACAUUGAUAACCUGAUCGACGACAACAUGUCUGAACUCCAACAGACUUAUAACGAAAGUGAAUCAACGAAAGAUCUCUUUGAUAACAUGCAGAAAAACUUGGAGUGCUGUGGAACACUCAACUAUACUUCAUGGUUUGGCUUUAACGACACAGCUGGCUACAACGUGGUACCUAUGUCAUGCUGUAUUACAAUGCUAGAAGGCUGUAACAGUGAUGUGUCGCGCGAUCCGUUUGUGGCAGAACGUAAAAUACAUGUCUACGCUUGCUACCCCGCACUCAAAGAUCUUCUGAUUGGCAAUAUUGGAAUUAUAGCUGGAGUAGCCAUUGCCAUUGCUGUCAUUGAGAUCUUUGGAAUCGCAUUUGCUUGCUGUUUGAUGAGGGUUGUUAAAGGCGAAUAUGAGACGGUUUAAGAUGGCUAAUCAUUCAUCUCAUCCUCCACCUUUAUAACUUAAUCUUGUAUCUCAUUUGGUUUUGAAAACUCACAUGUUAAUAGUAUUUUAUAAGUCAUAAACAUUAAGAAAUACAAAAUAAGAAUGAUCUGGGAUUAUUGGUGUAUAUAAUUAAUACUAGCAAAGUAAUGAUGAUAUCUAUCAUUUUGUUUCAGAUCUUUGGAAUUGCAUUUGCAUGUUGUUUGAUGAGGUAUGUUAGUGGUCCCUAUGUGGUGGUUGUUCAAAGCUCCAAUCAAGGUACCUAGGGUUAGAUGUGCAUCGUAAAAGAUUUAUUUUGGGCUUUGUUCCUUGAUCUCAUCCUCAACCUUCAAUCUUAUAAAAAUUACAUUAUUGAGUCGAACAGAGGGAGAAAUUUAAGAUGUUUAGAGAGAUUAGCAUAAAAACUUAUUGGUCUUAUUAUUAACAUGCUAUAACAUUUUUUUUUUAAUCAUAUAAGAAGGCUUAUAAAGUAUACAGUACUGCUCAAAAAGGCUUAGAAUGUUUAUUCCUGAUCUGUCAUCUAUUUAUUAAACUUUAUCAUUUUCAUUUUGUAUAAGUUAAGAGAUAUGAUAGAUUUUUUUUCUUGAACAUCGUUUACUGUAUGUAUUAUGCUAAUAAUUUAAAGGAAAAUAACUUAAGAAUUUUGAAAGUGUAAAGUAUAAAUGACAUAUUUUCAGAUUAUUUUUGUUUAUAAUGUUGAUUUAUAAUUGGGUGAAAUAAAUGAAGGGAAGAGAACACUACAAGACUAUUCUAUGUAAAUUGGACAUAAAGUAAAUUGUGUUAGAAAUGUAGGAAAAGAAGUUUCCAAGGAUGUGUGGGACUGUGGGGAAAAGGUUUAUGCUUAGUAAUUCAUAAGAGAAGGUUUAUAAACGAGUUUGAAAUUAGUUAAAUCUUUAUGUACAUUCUAGUUUUUUAAAUCAAGUUAUAAUUCAAUUAUUUUUCAUGUCUGAUAGAAUCUCAACGAGGUCCAUAUUUUUCUUUAUUCUUGUACACUUUAUGUCUAUAAAAUACUUCUAGAUAUCAAGUUUGUCAUGUCUUGUACAGUAUGUAUGUUACAUAUGAUGCUAGAGAGAUAUUUCUAUUAGAUAACUUGUAGUAAUCUUGGCUCUGUACAUGUAAGAUACAAUUGACUAUACCAUGAAUAGUAAUUGUAAGUCUAUGUGAAAUCAUGCACUAAACAUUACAAAUCAGCGGUAAAAGUUAAUUGUUUCUUUUUGUGAUAUAUGAACAAGGCCCUUUCCAAUGUUUGUGAAGAUCAAAGGGGAAUAAUGUCAUGUAUUAGACAUUACAAAGCUAUGUGAUUCUUCUAGUGGAUAAGCUUCAUAAUUGUGCAUUUGUAAAUCUGGUAGAAUUGUGUAAAAUACAUGGAAUUUGUCAUUUGUGCUUGAAGCAUGCAUGUUACAAAUUUAGUUUCCAUGAAUGUCAUGGAAAUAUCAAUUUUGUUAUAAAAGUCUCACAUUAUCUCAAUCAACAAGAGAGUAUAGUACUCUUCACGUCAGUACUUCUUUAAACAUUGUUAAAUGUAAAUUAAUAUUCUCUGAUGUGUACUAAACUCACAGUACUUUGAAGUAUAAACUACAUGCAUACAUCUUAUGACCAUAGACGGAUAUAUUCUGCUGGUAUACAAAUACAUACACACCAUGUUGGUACACCAUCUGUUGCAAUCUCCAAGUGUGAUAUGACAGUUGAUACAUUGAAAGUAGCACCUGGUUUCAAUCGGUUUCAAAUUCAUCAUUCAUCAUUGUAUACUGCAGUGUCUGGGGUAUUAUAUUGAUAACUUAAGAUUAAUAUUGUAACAGGAAUACAGCAUCAUAAACAUGUUCAAGUCAUCACAAUCAAUAAAGAAUAUAUGUGCAUGCAUAUAAGAAAGGUUUAUAUCUUGUACGUGGAUGUACAUGUACUUUGCACUUUUCUGUGAAAUGAGACAUCACCCUUCUAUACCAGCAUAUAUUUAGCAUCAUUUCGUGCUGUUUCACAAAACCACAUCGUUCAUUAAUCCUUAAAACGUAACGUUAGCAUAGUACCUGCUACAGUAAAUAUUGCAUCAUUUAUUAAUAUAUUAGCUUUAAAUAGGUAAUUUACACUGUUUCCAUGUACAUUCAAUUUACUUCAGUAAUUAAUGCAAAUAGACUCCAAAACCAGUGAUAUUCUUUAUAUUUUACAUGUAUACAUCAUUCAGUAAACAUUUUCAAAUGCCAUCGUGCCAUUACGAUCUACAUGUACAUUAGCAAUGCUAUCUUCAAUUUACAUAAUACUUCCCAUCUACUAGUACAAGUCAACUCAUUCUAUGCCAACUUCUGUUAUUGAAGUUUCUAAACUUUGUUAAUUUUCUGUGAAUGGUAAGUCGUAUCAAAACUACAGUGUUAGUCAUAAUUAGUUGGUGUAUUGCAUACAUGUACGUGUAAAGUGAUGUGGAUAGAAUGUACAAGUACUGUAAUGUGGAAAUAUAUAUUGAGGACAGUGAAACUAUCUGUAGUCUUGAAGUGCAACUGAACACACUUGUUUCCUUUUCUGCACUGUUUUGAUCACGAUGACCAGAGAAUUUCAAAGAAAUUGGUAGAUUACUAAAUAUGUGCAUUGAAAGAAAGUCAUUUGUAGACCUGUUUGUAAUGUGUGCAUUGAGUAUUAAAGCAGUAGCUGGUCGUAUGUACGGUAUAUGAUCGUGAUUGUAAUUCUGUCAAAAGCUGGUUUGUUUCCUGGCAGUGCAUUUUUCAUUUCAUUUUCAACUCAGUCAGUGUUGUCCAGAAAGAUGUGUUUUUGAAGAAUGCAUUUAAAACUUUAAUUUCAUGGUUUCUCCAACAGUGUCCAAGACUCAUACAAAAUGUAUUUCCCAGAAGAAAUUUGAAUAUAUGAAGUACAUCAGUUUACCAAUGUGAAAGACCCCUUUUGUCAUUGAAGUGAAGUGUUAUAAUCAAGGAAUUUAUUUGGUCACUAAGAUGUCUUUCUUUUUUAUAGUAAGAUGUAUUAUGUUUGAAGGUAAUGCUGUGAACCUCACUUCCCUAUCUCUUGUUAUAUUUUGACCAAAUUGAUGUACAUGUCUGGGUUGAAAUAAACAUCGAACAGUUGGUAAAUUUGCACAACGUAUCACUCAAAAACAAAUUUUAUAUAUUCUCACAAAAUGAUGUGAUCUAUUUUCUUCAGAUUUAUAUAUCAUACUUUUAUACAAAAAUACAAAUUAUAUAUAUAUCAGGAGGGCAUACUAUCCCUUUAAAAAUGUCAGAUGCGACAUAUUUUCUUUAACUAUUUGGUCAUUUAUACUCCAGGAAUUAAUUUCACACUAUAUGACUACUAAUAAAUAUGUUAAGUGUCUCUCUAUUA